CCUCUCCUGAUCCUGUAGGCAUGGUAGACGCUCGGUACACAGAGCCACUGUACCGUAGCCAUCACGGUGCCAUGGAUGACAAGACAAAGUUAGUGGAGUCAUUCCAAGAGUUUACUGGCAACACGGUGUCUCCAGAGAGCAUCUCCCUGGCCAAGGCUUGCAUCAAGAGAGGAGGCUCCAAGGAACAGAGAUAUGCCAUCAUACACUUUGAUAAGUACCUGCAACAGAAUCAGGAUACACCAAGUCACCUAACUAUGAUGACCUCAGCAUAUGAUCUCCUACUCAAGUAUGUCAUCAACCUGCUCAAGGUCAAACGUCCGCAAGUGUGGCGCUCCAUCAAGACCAACAACACAGCCUUCAAGGCUCGAGUAUCUUGCAUGUCAGGGGCAGAGGAGAUACUGCGCAAUGCUGGCUACACUGAGCCCAGGGAGAACUCAAUGUGCUUCCCAGAGAGUGUGGAUGAGCCGGAUAAAGCCAGACUGUCCACCAUCGCUGCUGAACUACUCAUGGCUAAACUUGAGGUGGAGCUAAUGAACAGUGCUACACCUUCUGCUUCCACAUCAUCAUCAUCGCCACGACAACAGCAUCAGAUGUCGUCACCACGACAACAACAGCGUAGUGUUCAACCACCCCCUAACCAAUCGUUGCUACACACACAGCCAGAGUACUCCAAUGGUCCACCAAGCUACCAGCGCGGUACACAACCAUUUAAUAUGUACAGUGGGUCUCAACCAAUGGCUGGAUAUAACUCCUCCCAACCUCUUAAUAAUGCCAUGGUUGGAUAUAACUCCAUGGCUGGAUCGCAACCUUCCAGCAGUGGACCUCAACCAAUGGCUGGAUCGCAAUCUUCCAACAGUGGACCUCGACCAAUGGCUGGAUAUAACUCUUCCCAACCUCCCAGCAGUGGACCUCAACCAAUGGUUGGAUAUAACUCUUCCCAACCUCCCAGCAGUGGACCUCAACCAAUGGUUGGAUAUAACUCCAUGGCUGGAUCGCAACCUCCCAGCAGUGGACCUCAACCAAUGGCAGGAUAUAACUCUUCCCAACCUCCCACUAAUGCAAUGGCUGGAUCACAACCUCCCAGCAGUGGACCUCAACCAAUGGUUGGAUAUAACUCCAUGGCUGGAUCGCAACCUCCCAGCAGUGGACCUCAACCAAUGGCAGGAUAUAACUCUUCCCAACCUCCCAACAAUGCCAUGGUUGGAUACACUAAUAACCAACGAAGUGCUCACAGUGCGAGUACUGGACAACCUAGUUACUAUACCGAUGGAAGAAUGGCUGGGUACACGCCAGGGAUCACAGAGGUCAACACCACUUACACCACUGAAAAUAGAGAGAGAUCACAGAUGAACCCAUCAUCUGGCUAUCCACCAACCAGCCAAUCAGCUGUGAGACGAGAGGAUUUCCCUGACAACCAGUCGAGUGGUGGUCCACCAGCCCAGUAUAGAAUGGAACAACAGUCCAACACAACCCAGCCGCAACCUGUUCCUAGGCCAAAGCCUCGUGUCAGAAGACAGCUAUCAUCCAACACACCUCCGACCUCCCCAGCCUCACAAGACCCCCCAAACAGGGACCCCCCACCUGAGCUAGAUCCCCCAGUCUCCAUGGGCAGUCAUCGCUCCAGCAGUGGAGAGAUGCUCUCACUCUCCUCCUCUGCUAGUGAGGACUCACUGGCUAACAGCGUAGUUGAUAAAGCCAGAGAUUUCCUCGAAGGGUACAGACUUAAGAAGAAGCAAAAUGAAGACACCUUAAAGCAGAGGACUGUAGACUUCACUGUGAGCACUAGCAUGUCCCCUCAAGCAUCUCGCAAGACAACCCACGCAGCUACAUCCUUCCAUGCUGUCCUCCCAUCCAACAAGCAACCAGUAUCACGAACCCUCUCAGAGCCACCCCCUCAAGCUGAGGUUAGGAGCAGUGAGGGGUACAAGCAACCUCCCAAGAAGAAGCAGCCAUCAUUUCACAAUGAUCCAAUCCUUGAGUUGCCUGAACUCAACAGUCCUGAGCGUCCUACUCAACCGCCUGUUCCCACUCCGAGGCCUAGACAACCACGACCCUCCUCUGGGGGGCAUUCAUUCUCUGGGGGUCAAAGUAUCAAGUCCCCUACCAACAACAGUGCAGGACCUCUGGACACGGGGCCAGAUAUACCUCCUAAACUACGUUAUUGUUCAGAGUGUAACAACAAGCUGGGAGCAGACAAUAGAUUCUGUGGCUAUUGUGGUCAACAGGCUCCACCAGCUGACCCCCCACAGCCAGUGAGAAGUCUCCCCAUGGACCCCCCACAAGACCCCCCACUAAGAGCAUCUCACCAGGACGCAGUCAAGGCUGAGGAGUAUCACAGAAGAACUCAGGUCAUCAAGAUUGACCCCUCACUACAUGGCUCAACAAUGCCCUUCACCCCGGUACCUAUGGAUACCCCCCCAGUGCUGCCCCCCAGAGCCACACCUCGACAGGUGCCCCCCGGCCCCCCUAAACAAGCGUGGGAGGAGACAGUGCCCCCUCAACAGAUGCUGCAAGAACCAAUGCCCCCUCGACAAUUACCGCCCCCCGGCCUUCCUAAACAAGCCUGGGGGGUAACAGUGCCCCCUCAACAAAUGCCCCCCGGCCCCCCUCCUAAACAAGCCUGGGAAGUAACAAGGCCACCGCCAAUACCUCCAAAGACACAAUCGAAUCGUCCUCAAGCCUCGAAUAAUGGCCCCGCUCAAGCCUCGAAUAAUGCCCUUCCUCAUGAUGCAGGGUUUAACACUGCGGCCAUGCAGCACUUGAGGGAGAAGGAAGAAGCUUGGAAGAGCAAGCAACGCAGAGAUGGAGUCAGAGAGGAAGACUUGCAGCCAUUAUAUGAGCUAGGGAGACCCACUCAAGACAAGAGGGGACAGAGGGGAGGCAGACCACUCGUGGAUACGAGCCUGUUCCCUCGCACUGACACAGCCAGACCAUUGUCUGAGUUCACUCCCUCUGCCCCAGGGGAUGCUCAGAGAGUAGAGACACUCAACCGUCAGGGCAGAAAUCUCCUUAGCUCUGUUAAGAUGUGUCUCCCCUGGGAUUACUCACUGGAGGAGAUACAGCUAGCGUUCAGUUGUGAUGGGCGUGGCCUCGACUAUCUGCAGAAUGAGUGGAGACUCAUCACUGAACAAGCACAACGUAACUUGUCCCUCUACAAGAGUGCUAACCAGUUCUCUGUGGGCACACCAUCAAACAAGGAGAUGAGGAAGGCUCUAGCCAAAGCUGGUGGGAAUAUAAAGACUGCCGAGAUUGCUGUCUUCAAGGAGAGAGAGAAUAAGGUGAAACAGCUGUUGGAACGUGUGGACAUAAUGCGUGGGAGGAGCACACAUGUCCCGGGGCUAGGUUGGGAGGGGGCGGUGAGCGUACUAUCAGCCAAUGAGAUGGACGUCGACACUGCAUUCUAUGUGCUGCAAUGUGAUUGGCUGAAACCACUUCACGAUUAUAUAUUUGAUGAGAAGAAUAAAAAUGUGUUGGUCAACCAAAAAGAGAUGGAAGAGAUCAAGAAAGUCAUCACCAACAAAGACCUUAAGAUUGAGUCUCACCUUCGCCUGCUCAUGGCUGAGUGCAAGUUCACUACAAAGGAAGCCAAUAUUGUCCUCCAGCUACUGGACGAAGUGGAGGGAGAGUCAACUGUUGAGAGGAGGGAAUAUCCACUCCAGUAUUAUAUUGAGGCGGCUAAAGAUCACGGGGACAAGGCUAGGGACUUUCUUAUCAAGGAGUGUGAGAUAUGCAUUGAGAAGUACGCUGUCCACGAGUUUGUGGCCCUGCCUGGCUGCAUCCACUCUGUGUGUAAGGAUUGCUUCAUCAGCCAUUUCACAUAUGUCAUCACUGGACAAGAAGUGAAACACUUUACUUGCCCCAUUUGUAGUGAACCUGAUAUGGCUAAUAAAGACAUUACUGAGGAUUUCUAUCUCCAGCUGUUCCUUCAACUGAUUAAGCAGCAUCUAAGUGUUGAGUGCUUCAAGCUCUGUGAUGACAAGUUGAAGGAAUUCAGCCUUUCAAAGGACCCGAACUUUGUCUGGUGUCCCAACACUGAGUGUCAGUCAGGCUUCAUCCACGAGGGCAGGGCUGAUGACGUGGCAUGUCCCAACUGCCGCAGGAGCAUGUGCAGAAAAUGCAAGAAAAAGUGGGAGCCAGCUCAUGAGGGCAUCUCGUGUGAAGCCUUCGCUAAAUGGAUAAUCGACAACGAUCCCAAUGCUCAGGAACUAGGGCUGGCAGCUCAUCUCCAAGCCAAUGGCAUCGAAUGCCCUGAAUGUCAUUUCAAGUACGACCUGGCCAGAGGAGGGUGUAUGCAUUUCAAGUGUGUCAAGUGCCCCAACGAAUUCUGCAGUGGGUGUCGUCAGUUAUUCAAGCAAGGGCAGGAGUGUGGCAAGUUGGAGUCAUGCAAGUUGAGAGGUCUUCAUGCCCACCACCCUCGAGAUUGCCUCUUUUUUAUGAGGGACUUUGAUGUGGCAGAGCUGCAAGCUUUCCUCGCACAACACACAAUUAAAUAUGAUACCGCCCCCAAGGAGGUAGCAGCUAGAGCAGAGGAUAAGCCAGCAGAAGCUGAACAAGCACCUCUUGGUGAAUGCCCUGUUGCUGUAGCUCCUGUUGAUGGAGCCCCUGCUCCUGCUGCCAAGGUGAAGCCUUGUGGCUGUAAAGCCAUGCUACAGAAAGAGACGAUGGAGGGACUUAUUGAUGAGGAGUGUGGAGAACAUGUACUAGAAGGUCACGCUGGACUCUGUCAAACCCACUACAAGGAAUAUCUGGUGGACCUCAUCAACAAGAACAAACUAGACCCCAUCUCAAUGUAUACUACAAAAAAAAUUGAGGUGAUGCUGACUCGUGAGGAGAUGGCACUACCUGAUAAAGAUGAUGAAGACGAUGAUGAUGUGCAGAGGGCCAAGCUGAUACAGCAUGUGAAGGAGCAACUACCACUCCCCAAUGUCCCCCAGGCUGUAGGAGGAGAGCCACCAGCUGCUGCCAUUGCUCCAGCUGCUGUCCCUGUCCCUGCCCCUGUCUAACUGAUAUAUCUAGUGUGUUGAUUAGCAUUUUUUGUGACUGUAUACUUAUGUUCUGUGUUGUUUUGUAUUGCUGCUAGCAUGUACAUUAAAUUGUAUUGUUGUUAUGAUUUUGAUGUAACCAUCGAUACUCUUGCACGCGGCUUGACCCCGAAUCGAGUUUAAUAUCAACCUAA